AUGUCACUGUAUUACGAUGCAGUGUCCAUCCUCACGGCGCCCUCAUCAACCGGAGGCUCGUUCAAGUCCCGGUUAUACAAUUCCCGCACCCUCAAGGCCUCCCCCGCGCAGGUGUACGCCCUCAUCGUCGAGGCCGCCAAAUGGGACAUUCUUCUCAAGGAAGUAAUUGACCAGGCUGGGAUCCUGAAACUCGAACCAAAGCUCACCCCACUACUUUCUCUUCUACUCGUUCACGACCAUCUCCUUGCCAAGAAUGGCAUUUCUGCGAAAGCAUCCCAUCCACUCCGCCAGGCCGUCGAGAGGCAUAAGGUACGACUAAAGGGCGAGUUUACGAAAGCACGCGUCCGGCGCGCAUGCGCUACAGUCCCAGAAUUGAAGGAAGCCGUUCGCCGCGAGAAGUUGGCUGCGCAGGGUGUGGGGGCCAGCGCGGCUGCUGUGUAUCCGCGCUGGGUGCGCGUUAACAAUGUCCGGACGACGAAGGAAAAACAGAUGAAGACGACGUUUUCUUCGUAUGAAGCUGUCAACUCGCUAGAGGAGCUUGUGGUUGGGGGUGACGAGAAACAGAAAAGGAUGAGGCUGGACCCGCAUAUCCCGGACCUUGUUGCGGUUGCCCCCGGACUGGAGUUUGCGACGGUGCCGGCAUAUAAGAAUGGAGAGAUUAUUCUCCAGGAUAAGGCAUCUUGCUUCCCGGCUUACCUCCUGCUCGGCGAGGAUUGGGGGAGUGGUGGAGAUCUGAUGGAUGGGUGCGCGGCGCCAGGGAACAAGACUACGCAUAUGGCUUCCUUGCUGUGUAAACCGGGCCAGAAAAGGCCCUCGUCUCAUAUCUUUUCCAUGGACGCCUCGCGCGUCCGCGCAAAGACGCUACAGAAAAUGGUCUCAACAGCCGGUGCAGAUAAUUUCGUCACCGUCCUCCAAGGACAAGACUUCCUCGCCCUUGACCCUGAAGACCCCCGCUUCAAAGAUGUCACAGGCCUUCUCCUUGACCCAUCCUGCUCUGGCAGCGGUAUCAUAGGCCGCGACGACAUCCCCGAACUUAUCCUCCCGACAUCAGGAAAAGCCACCCCAUCAGCAUCGUCGACAAAAAAGAACGGCCAGAACCAAAGCAAGAAGCGCAAACGCAACGAAGCCUCUGCUCCUAAUGAACCGGGAGAAACACCCUCCGCAACAGCCGAAAACGACCUCCCCACCGCGGACAUUAACCAAGAACGCCUAACGAAACUUUCCAACCUCCAGAGUCUAAUCGUCACUCAUGCCCUGUCCUUUACCUCUGCAACAAGGAUAACGUACAGUACAUGCUCAAUUCAUCUCCUCGAGAACGAAUCCGUUGUAGCUAGAAUUCUGGACAGCGAGGUCGCCAAGAGUCGCGGGUGGAGGGUAUUACGGCGUGAUGAGCAGCCGGAGGGACUGAGGAAAUGGAAGCAUCGUGGUGUCAGGAGUGAAAAGACAUCUGAUGGCAUUGAAGAAUGUUCGGUUGAUUUGGCUGAGGAGGAUUUGGAGGGGUGUUUGAGGUGUUGGCCUGGGGAUGAGGAGGGGACGGGUGGGUUUUUUGUUGUUGGGUUUGUGAGGGAUGGCGAUGUGGAUGAGCAGGUGUCUUCUGGUUCUCGUGGCGAGGAUCUUAAAGAUAUUGGGGAAGAGGAAGAAGAGGAAGGGGAGGAUGAAUGGGAGGGCUUUUCUGACUAG